AUGACGUCUAACUCCAUCACAGGCUCAACCAGAAUGUACGCGUAUGUCCAACCAGCCAGUCCUUGGCUCUCGGAACACAUCAAGUCCUACAUCCGAACGCACGCGCCGGAUGCCAAGUUCAUCGACAACUUUGAUAAUUUCCCGACCAACUCCAAGACAGUCUUUCAGUUUUGUGAUGGUUGGGCCUUGAAUCGGAACUUUAAACUCUUGAACUCAGCGACCACGAGCCUGAUCAACGCCUACCCGAACAGCGACGCUUUGGCUCGGAAAGACUAUCUUGCCAGAGUCGUGGAGUUUCAUGUGCCCGCUACAGUCCGUCUAUCGUUAGAUUAUGCCGAGUAUGUCGAGGAGUCUUUGACUGCUGCAGACGACCUUUCGCUCCUGUAUUCACUCGAGGCAAAUGAGAGCAAGCCCCCAUCAGAACGCGACUGGUGGAUUAUGAAGCCGGCAAUGGUCGACUGUGGUGCUGGCAUCAGACUGUUUAGCACAGUAGAUGAGCUUGCCGAUCAUCUCGAGCUUGCAGAGUACGAGGUUGAAGAAGAGGACGAGAGCAUCCUGGUAUGCAAGAGUCAACAACCUCUCCCAGAUACGACCCCAUGUUCAGAAAAGGGCGACCCGGACUUCUCGCCAACACUAUCUACACCUGGUCUAGACUCUCUUGAUGUGCUAGUUACUGCCACAGGCGCCUUGUCGCUAAAGCAAAACUUGGAAGCGAUCCAAAGAAGCCCAAAGCCCCAGCACAUUUUCAAGGAAGGCGGUCGUAUUCCGUCAGCCCAGAUGCGCGAGUUCGUCGCUCAGCAAUAUGUUGUCUCUAUUCCACCGAUAGAGAAAAGAAAGUGGCACGCUCGAGCCUACGUUCUCUCUGUGGGCCGUCUCAAGGUCUAUGUCUUCAAGGAAGUGCUUGCACUUCUUGCCGGAGAAGAUUACGAACCGCCCUGGUUGUACCCAAGCCUCAAAUCCUCUCUUACCAACACAGCCCUUCAAGACGAAGAUAUUUUUGUCAAUCGAGAGUCAAUGAGAGACUUUUGGGAUGUUCCAGAUGAUUUACUGCCCGAUGACUGGAAGGCGCACGUCUUUGAGCAGAUCUGCGCCGUUUCCGCGGAGCUGUUCCGAGCCGCUGUACACACAAUGGCGGACAAGUUCACGACAGUGGACAAAUGCUUCGAACUGUUCGCGGUGGACUUUCUCAUAGACUCAAGCGGAACCGCGUGGCUGCUUGAAGUCAAUGAAACCCCGGCAUUCUACAAUGUUGGAAUUGCAGGACCUUUGGCACUGCGCUUGAUGGAGUCUGUUAUCUGUGUGACUAUGGAACAUAUGGGAAUGACUCAGCCUAAAGGUCACAAUCACACUUCUGCGAAAGAGGGGCUGAUUCAAGUAUUGGACGAGACUGAUAAGCUUGCCAAGAGCAACAUCACGGAGAUUCUGCCCGAAAGCUAA